UGGAGCUUGCAGCAGCAGCAGCAGCACAGAAACUGCAAAGCUGCCACGCGUCGUCGUCGCCGCUGUUGUUGUUGUUUAUCGGUUACAUUCCAGUCGGUUGUCAUUGGAGUGCGGAUUGCUAUAUUUGGCCCUCAGUGGCUGCCUCGAGAACAUUAUUGUUUUUCCAAGUUUUCCCACAAGUGCUUCGUUUACAGCUCGCAAGAACUACCUAGUGGAUUUUCAAUCGCUUGGCAACGCGAAAAGAGAAGAAAAAGUGAAAUCAAACCUCGAGAAUCAUGUCCGGUUUGCUGAGGACUACCGAAAGGUCACCGGGUUGACCAAGGUGCUUCUCGGAGGCGCCGUCAAAAGUGAGAGUGGCUCAGAAAUAAAAGCCGUUCAUAUGUAGGACGGUCUAGGAUGAAUUUCACCAAACCCCGAAAACAACACAACCCAAUCAGCAGUGUUGCGUCUUGCGUGUUUAAUUACCAAUAUCGUAAUGUGCCGAACCGCGAAACGGAUCCACUCGAACCUAGUAAAUACUAUCAACUGAGCCACUGUCCGUCCAGCUGAAUAAUUCAUUCGGCCAGCCGUUCAUCGAUUUGUCGGUUUAACUACCGAAUUGCGCAAUGAAUGUACCCUCCAAAAAGUGCACGUGCUGUUUUUUUCUCGAUAGUGCAGCUUGAUGACGAUCAUCCGCGUGCAACGCCUCAUUAAAUCCCGAGCGAUUCUGCAGAAGACGCUGCCUUGUGUAAGCAACGUUCAUCUUCUCAUCCAACUGGAAUGAAUGAGAAAAGUGAAUUAUUUGUGCGGGUAACUAAACCUUUAAUGCGACUUCUGCACUGCCAUAGCCGGUGUUAUUAUCUGCAGGAUAGCGCCAAGAUCAUCAUCAGUGUGUGAACAAGAAGCUAGUGCUGACGACGCUCGGGGGCGAAAAAUCACAUAACUCUGAGAAGUGCUGAAAAUCUUUCGUACGGUCUGCAGGGCAUCGUCGGUGUCUGUCAUUAUGUAUUAAAAUCGAUAAUUAUGCAGUGCUCUCCCAGUUGCACAACUGUUCGAAGAAGUAGUCAUAGAAGCGAUGACGGUUCCAAUGGAGAAAGAUCUGUGAAGUUGUGCACAAACCAAUGCAGGUGUGGAAAAUUCGCAAGUGUUGCUUACCAAAGUGAAGCGAGCCGUGAAAGGCCUCUGCUUAACCAUGAAGAGAUUUACGAGUUUGGAUGAAUGCUAGACCCACCAGACCCUUGAUGUGGACGAUAAUUGUGUAGACCUUCGAAAGUGUGACUAACCACGUGACAAUACUCUCGCGGACGGUAAUUUAUUUGCGUUUCUAUCGGAAAGCAUUAAACUGUGAUAAAUUAUGAAAGGAAAAAGUGCCGCUCCUUAUAGCUCCCUGUUCUGCAGAGAAAGUUAAAGCAGUGUGAACCAAUCCCGUAGACGAUUAGUUGAAAGUGCCCUGCACUGAGUAUAUGAUUUUACCACUAAACAUAACUACCGGAUUUACCGUAACCGGGUGUAGUAGUAAGAGAAAAAAAAAACCUGGGAAAUAGUGCCCUCUCCUCAGUUUCCCUUUUGUCAUCCCUGUCACGAUGAGGAAAUUCGAUGCCAACAAUGCCAAAUACCUAUUGGAUUAUCUGUACUACACCAGAGACGAUGAGCAGUUUCGUUUCUACAAAAAGUCAAGAUCAUCAAUAUUUCGCGGCGUAAUACUAUGCCUCUGUCUGAACCUGACCUACGCUAACGUGGCCCGCUUCCCGCGCGAACUGCAGCAGCAUGGGUCUGCGUUUCUGGUGCCGUACGUGAUACUGCUACUGCUGGUGGGACUGCCGGUGGUGCUGUUGGAAAUCUCGUUGGGUCAAUUCCUUGGCCAGGGCUCGGCAAACAUGUGGCGUGCGGCACCCUUCCUGAAGGGUGCCAGCCUGGUCGGAAGAAUAGCCUCCUGGUUGGCGGCGAUCUGGACCUCGAUGCAGUCAGUGAUUGCACUGCUUUACGUUGGAAUGUUGUCAUUCAAAUCUGUGCCAUUUAGAGAGUGCAAUAAAGCGGUGACGAUCAACCACCAGUCCAUUCAUGACGGCUUGAAUGUGGAACCCAAAAGCGGACAGGAAUGUUUGAAAGUAACAUUUCUACGUCCAGUGUGGCGAAGUUCCCUUUAUUUUGGACUGCUGGCGUUGAGUUUAAUUCUUCUGUGGGUAAUUUCCAUGGUGAGCACACACAGCGGAAAGAUCAACCGCAGGUCAAUCUACUUGUUCGGCUUUUUGGCACUCUUACUGCUGAUAUUCGAAACUGGCUGGGAAGUGACAAAAGCAAUCAACGACAGCUAUCUGCCCGAGCUUUGGCCAUUCUACCCGGAGUCGUUUGCGGAUAGUACGGUGUGGUUCAAUGCGCUGGUGCAGGUCAUCUAUUCACUUAAUAUCGGAAUCGGAGCGGUUCCGGUUAUAACUGGCAAGUUCUUGUACAAAGGAGAUGCCAUCAAAACGUCUUUCGUCUACCUGUUCUUCAAUAUACUCAUCACUACGAUCGCUGUGUUGUUCUAUCUGUUUCAAUUCCACAACACUGCCAAUGAUCCACACCUGCUCUAUCCGGAAUUGACGCCGUUAACCACCAUCUACGAUCGAGCCGUAACAGUUCGUGAGUCGGAUCCGCUUCUGCAGCAGCUUAUUCCAGCGUUGUCCUACAUGAUGCUCUUCAUCUCAGCUGUAGUCUCCGUUACUAUCUAUGUUUACACGUCGACGCGUAUGAUCCGCAAGCAUCCAAAUUACACCGUGUGUCUAGCCGGUCUAGUUGUCGCAAUAGCUGGCCUAUUGUGUCCGAACUAUAUCUUUCCACGGUUGUUGGACACGCGUAUCGUCGGAUCGUUAAUUGUUUGUGCUAUGAUCUUCGAGAUCAUUUUAAUCAUUUGGGUUUACGGCUCAAAAAAUUUGUACACUGAUCUUGAAUUUUCACUAGGUCGACCAGUUCUUAAGGCAUGGCUGUUUAUUUGGGGUAUUAUUCCUGUGUUGUUAAUCGCAAUCCUAUCUUGGUGGGCAAUCACAUACUAUGACAAUGAUCUACUAAUCGAUUACUUCCCCAAAUGGCUACCGGUGGUAUUUAGUUUGGGUGUUAUAAUGCUACUGGCAUGUUUGGAGAUCAGCAAACAAGUAGAUUACAAUAUUAUAAGCAUGAUUCAUGGAGCAACCAAACCUUCCAAGGACUGGGGACCAGCUGAUCCACUGGUUCGCCAUGCAUGGAAGCAGUGGAAAUCCGUUUGCGAAGACACGGGAGAGCGAGACUUCACGCUACGGCGGCGUGGUACCAAAGAUUAUACUAACUCUAUAAAGAAAGGCCAGUAUUCACAUUCGAACAAGUACGGUUCUUCGAAUCGAAAUAUCUCGACAGCCGGUAGUAAUUCGCCCAACUACAGUGGGUCCGUGUUUGGCGAUUCGGCCAUUGAAGAGGAUAUAAGCGUUGACAAAUUUCCCCAGUACAAACAGCAUCUCUCGGCCUACAGCGUGGAAUCGGUCCACGACAAAUCGCCUCAUACCUCGGGCAGCUCCCGCAAGUCGUCCCACAACGACAAACGAACACCCAGCGAACGAAGUCAGGCUGGGCUAAUCGGUGGUUCGCGGAAAACCUCCGAUAAUAGUUUCACAUCACGUGUAGAAAUAAUGGCGGAUGCUGGUUUUCGAGGCGCCAUUGUUAGAAAUCCUUUGGCAAAAAAGGAAGUGAACGAUAACUUCAAGCCAAACCAAAACUUCACAUCUCUUCCACCUUUGCCACCGGCACAUCAGAAUCAUGCGAAACAACAGAACCACGCGAUCAGCGCUCAAGCGACUAAAAAUCCGUACCCGGAAGAAGGGUACAAUCGGGAUAUCUUUAUUAGCAACGGCCAGCCGGAUCACAUUUGCUGGCGAAAGUUUUCUCUCAACUCGGAAGAAUAUUCAACCGAGCUGUAAAGGACCGGUUAUAGUUAGGAUAGUCCAAACUUAUAGUCACUCUUUGUUCAAUCUAUGUAAAUAUUAGUUGAUUCGUAGUGGGAUAUUACCUACUCGACUGUUUGUAAACACUCCACGAACCGUCGACAGACGGUACAGGCCAAACUUAUUUAUUGUAUCCUCUGAACCAGAAAGUUAGCCUAUAGUAAUCAUCUCGAUCGUUUUACUGGAACUAGUUUCCACGUUUGAACCAUGUUUCUGGCCCUCUCGAUAGCUAGUGAACGAUAGUAUGUACCUUCUUUCUAGUGCACUUGAAUACAUUCCCUAAGUUCGCGUUAGGGUCGUAUAGGACUGAUUUCUAGAUGAUAUUGAAAGUUUGUUUCUCCUCCUGCUUACAAGUUUCAGGGUUAAUACGAUUUGAAUGGAAAACAUGUUAAUAUUAAAAUGUUGCAGAACCAGUACUUUAAUAUAUAUAAUAAAAAAUUGGGGUACUUAGAUAUGUAUCAUACUAGCAGCGGUAUGUCGUUAAAUAUGUAAAUACCACGAAACAAAAAUGAAACAAUAA